GCUGCCCGCCCCGGCUUCGCCCUCGCUGCUCUACAAGAAGUUUGACACCGAAAUGAGCCGGGGAGGGCUGGCGCCGCGGGACGGCGUGCCAAGGGGGGAGGACCUGCACGCCCUCAAGGCCGCCCUCGCCCUGGCCAAGCACGGCAUGAAGCCCCCCAACUGCAACUGCGACGGCCCCGAGUGCCCCGACUACCUGGAGUGGCUGGAGCAGAAGAUCCAGGUGGCCCUGGGAGAGGCCCCGCUGCCCCACGCCCCGCCGCCCCCCGACAAAGGUGCUAUCGCUCCCCCCGCGGUGCUGGAGGCCACCGAGCCGUGCCCAUCGGAUGGCCUCCCCUUUUCCCAAAGUGCACUGAAUAUUGCCAAGGAGAAGAACAUCAGCCUGCAGACGGCCAUCGCCAUCGAGGCGCUGACGCAGCUCUCGGCCACGCUUCCUCAACCCGGUGCUGAUGGGCCGCCCCCCGCUCCGCCACCGCCGCCGCCCCCCCCGGUCGCCCCCCUGCCCCCCCGGAGCCAUCCAUCGAUGUGGUGCCUCUCUGGGACCACCGAUCCUAUGGCGGAGCUGGAGCAGCUCCUGGGCAGCACCGAAUACAUCGCUGUGGCCUUCAAGCGGCCUGAGGCUGGCAGAGCCCCCCCCGCAGCAGCCCCGAAGCCCCCGGAUCGGACACCGAGCAAGGAGACGGCGAGCAGCCCCCGCGUGCUGCAGGAGCCCGACCUGCACAGGAAGACACAGCUGGUCCUGCAGCAGCACCUGCACCACAAGCGCAGCCUUUUCCUCGAGCAGAGCCUCUCCGCGACCCCCCCGGAGCGCCCGCCUGGCUGGUGGACCUCCAGCACGCCCAAGACCUUCGAGAAGCAGGCCAAGGAGAAGAAGAAAAGGAUGCAGCCAGACAAGCCAGCCCGCAAGCAGGUGCAGAUCAAGAAGCCCAAGCAGAAGGAUUCACAGCCGCUCUUCCUGCCCUUUUGGCAGAUCAGCUUGGAGGGGCUGCGGACCCCCGCUGACCCGGAAGGAGCGCCGCCUGCCAUGGUGGACGACAAGCUGGAGGAGCUUAUCCGGCAGUUCGAGGCCGAGUUCGGGGACACCUUCAGCCUGCCACCCACCGGGACCACCGCGCUGCCAGAGGGGCAGCCGCCAGCCUCGCAGGUGCCCCCCACCACCGCCAGCACCACCGCCGCUGUGGCCCCCAGCAAUGCCGCCCCUGGGGGCUCCGCGCUGUCACCGGGGAAGGGACCUCCCCCAGAGCAUCUCUUCUCCGUGCGCUCCCCCAAGCAGAUCAAAAUCGAGUCCUCUGGUGCUAUCACCGUGCUGUCCACCACGUGCUUUUACUCUGAGGAGAGCCAGAACGCCGACGAGGCGGAGGGGACGCCCACCAAGGAUGAGGUGCCGCUGACCCCCACCCUCAGCGGGUUCCUGGAGUCGCCUCUCAAAUACCUGGACACGCCGACCAAGAGCCUGCUGGACACCCCUGCCAAGCGCGCGCAGGCCGAGUUCCCCACCUGUGACUGUGUGGAGCAAAUCGUGGAGAAGGACGAGGGGCCGUACUACACCCACCUGGGCUCAGGGCCCACCGUGGCAUCCAUCCGGGAGCUGAUGGAGGAGCGGUACGGCGAGAAGGGCAAAGCCAUUCGCAUUGAGAAGGUCAUCUACACUGGGAAGGAGGGGAAGAGCUCCCGGGGCUGCCCCAUCGCCAAGUGGGUGAUCCGGAGACACAACCAAGAGGAGAAGCUGCUAUGCCUGGUGCGUCACCGAGCUGGCCACCACUGCCAGAACGCUGUCAUCAUCAUCCUGAUCCUGGCCUGGGAGGGCAUCCCCCGCACGCUGGGUGACACGCUGUACCAGGAGCUCACUGACACCCUCACCAAGUACGGCAACCCCACCAGCCGCCGCUGCGGCUUGAAUGACGACCGGACUUGUGCGUGCCAAGGCAAGGACCCCAACACCUGCGGCGCUUCCUUCUCCUUCGGCUGCUCUUGGAGCAUGUAUUUUAAUGGCUGCAAAUAUGCCCGAAGCAAAACUCCACGGAAGUUCAGGCUGGUGGGGGACAAUCCCAAGGAGGAAGAGCUGCUCCGGAAAAGCUUUCAGGACUUGGCCACUGAGGUUGCUCCGCUUUACAAGAGGCUGGCACCACAGGCCUACCAGAAUCAGGUUACCAAUGAGGAUAUCGCAAUAGACUGCCGGCUGGGCUUGAAGGAGGGGAGGCCAUUUUCAGGGGUGACAGCGUGCAUGGACUUCUGUGCUCAUGCUCACAAAGAUCAGCAUAACCUCUACAAUGGCUGCACAGUGGUCUGCACGCUGACAAAGGAAGACAAUCGUGUGGUGGGGAAGAUUCCCGAAGAUGAGCAGCUGCACGUCCUCCCCCUCUACAAGAUGUCCAGCACGGAUGAGUUCGGCAGCGAGGAGAACCAAAACGCGAAGGUGGGCAGCGGGGCCAUCCAGGUGCUCACAUCCUUCCCCCGUGAGGUGCGUAAGCUGCCUGAGCCUGCCAAGUCCUGUCGGCAGAGACAGCUGGAGGCAAAGAAAGCCGCAGCGGAGAAGAAGAAACUGCAGAAGGAGAAGCUGAUGACACCAGAGAAGAUCAAGCAGGAAGCGCUCGAACUUCCUACGCUCCAACAAAAUGCAGGUAUGGCGUUGAAAAGUGGGCUCUCCCCACAGCCGCUGAAACCUUCCAUCAAAGUGGAGCCGCAGAGCCAUUACAACGCCUUCAAGUACAACGGCAAUGCGGUGGUGGAGAGCUACUCGGUGCUGGGCAGCUGCCGGCCCUCUGACCCUUACAGCAUGAACAGUGUUUACUCUUACCAUUCCUACUAUGCACAGCCCAAUCUGCCUUCCGUGAACGGGUUUCAUUCCAAGUUCACGCUGCCCUCCUUUGGGUAUUACGGUUUUUCCAACAACCACGUGUUCCCCUCGCAGUUUCUGAAUUACGGGGUGCCCGAGAGGGGCGAGAGCUGGGUGAACAACAGCUACGAGAAGAAGCCCAACAUUCAGGUGCUGCAGGAGAAUCUCAACCAUACCUACAGGAACACGGAUUUCCCCGAGCCCAUCCCACACAGCGUCCGGAGCAAAAACCAUCACCAGCGCACCUAUGAGCGGGCCAGCCGCUAUGCCAGCCAGCAGAAGACGGCUGCGGCUGGGGUGCACAGGACUAGCACAGGCUCGGAGGAGACAUCGCCGUUUGCACAGAACUGUUUUGGCAGCAGGGCCAUCAAGCAGGAGCCCCCGGACCCCCCGCCCAGCAUCGAGCCCCUAAACAACCCCGCAGCAGCUGUACCUGGCACCGGUCUGGCUCUACCCGCUGUCCCCGUACCAGAGCAGCAGUGGAGUCCUUACAAAGCGUCGUCCCGAGGUUCGUCUUCCCCCGAGCGGACUAGUGCGGCUGAGAGCUCGUGGAGCAGCCUGGUGCCAGGUGCCGGAGGACGGGAGAAGCUGAGCGCCUUCGAUGCUGCCGUGCGCCUGCCGCUGCCGGAGAAGCAGUGGCCCAAUGUCCUGGCAGAAGAAGCAUCGUCGUCGUGCAGUUCCAGCUUGCUGCCAAAGCCGUGGAGCCCCUGCAAGCUGGGGGAGACGGUGUUGGGCGGUGCGGGUACCCCGACCCUGCGGGACAAGGGCUGGGAGUUGGGACCGCUGGGCUUCGGCUCGGCCCUGCCGGAGCUGCCCGUCUUCUCUGAAGAGCCGUGGGGUUCUGGCAAGGCGGAGGGGCGGAGGACGCCGGCACCCGUGGCGGGGCUGCCUGAAAAGCCGUGGGAGGCAGCGGUGCGUGAGAAGGGAGCAGCGGGGGUCCGUCAGGAGAAGCCGUGGGAUCCUUUUGGGCUGGAGGAGGGCGUCGAGGAGGCGUCUGUGAAGGCAGUGAAGGAGGAGGAGGAGGAGGAGGAAGAAGAAGAGGAGGAGGAGUGGUCGGACAGCGAGCACAACUUCCUGGACGAGAACAUCGGCGGCGUGGCCGUGGCGCCCGCGCACGGCUCCAUCCUCAUCGAGUGCGCCCGCCGCGAGCUGCACGCCACCACCCCGCUGAAGAAACCCAACCGCUGCCACCCCACCCGCAUCUCCCUGGUCUUCUACCAACACAAGAACUUGAACCAGCCCAACCACGGCCUGGCGCUGUGGGAGGCCAAGAUGAAGCAGCUGGCGGAGCGCGCUCGCGCACGGCAGGAGGAGGCGGCGCGCCUGGGGCUGCAGCAGGACGCCAAGGCCUUCGCCAAGAAGCGCAAAUGGGGCGGCGCGCUGGCGGCCGAGGCGGCCACCAAGGAGCGGAGGAACGCGGUCCCCACACGGCAGGCGGUGGCCAUCCCCACCAACUCUGCCAUCACUGUGUCCUCCUACGCGUACACCAAGGUGACGGGGCCCUACAGCCGCUGGGUCUGAGGCGGAGGCGGCCGCCGCAGCCCUUCUUACCUCAAAGUCGGCAGCACUGGAGUCCCGGUGCUGCUUCGUGGUGCUUUCUCCUCGGGCAUGGGGGAGAAGAAA